CCCGAACCACCCGCUACUAUGGACACUCUUCACGAAUGCGUUUGAAGCUCAGCUCAAAGAAAGAAAAUCCAUAAGAAGUCUUUGCGCGGUGACUGCUGCCACCGACAUCAAUUUCUUCUCAGAUCAUCUCUUUCUUUCCAGUUGAAGGUUUCUUACUAUUCCAUUCGAAGUUCACAGAGAGACAACCAGAGAUUAGAUAGUAGUCAUCAUAAAUAUCAAUACUUGAUUCCUUUAGAAGUAGCACCGGUCGCCUUGCUCAAUUUUUGAAGUCCAAGUCUGAUUUUGUUUAUUGCUUCAGACAAUUGGCCGAUUUAUUCUCUUACAAGUCAAAGCCAUCAAUUCGAGGAUAAUAUUAAAGGACUAGGAAUGGAUCCGAUGGCAGGGCAUGGGCACUCUCUUCCUCCACCAUUCCAUAUGCACCAGCAGUCCCAGCAUGAGCAUCAAUUUCAGUCUCUACACCAAAACACAGAAGAGGAACAAAGCGGAAGCAGCAGUGGCCUAAACCUCGCCCACAAGAGAGAACGCGAAGAAACCAGCUACAAUAACAACAACGAUCAAGGCAAUAUGAACGGAGAAGGUGGUGGCGAAAUGACGAGAAGGCCUCGAGGCAGACCCUCCGGAUCCAAGAACAAACCCAAACCACCCAUCAUCAUAACCCGAGACAGUGCGAAUGCCCUUAGAACCCACGUCAUGGAGGUAGCUGACGGCUGUGACAUCGUCGAAAGCGUGUCCAGCUUCGCCAGGCGACGCCAGAGAGGGGUUUGUAUUAUGAGCGGCACCGGCACCGUCACCAAUGUCACUUUGAGGCAACCCGCUUCUUCCGGUGCUGUCGUCACUCUUCACGGAAGGUUCGAGAUCUUGUCACUCGCUGGCUCCUUCUUGCCGCCACCGGCUCCACCCGCCGCAUCCGGUUUGACCAUAUAUUUGGCUGGCGGGCAAGGUCAGGUGGUCGGGGGAACCGUAGUAGGAGCGCUUAUGGCUGCGGGACCGGUGGUGAUCAUGGCGGCUUCGUUUAGCAACGCUGCUUACGAGAGACUUCCUUUGGAGGAAGAAGACCCAUCGGCGGCGAUUCAAGGUCCUCCCGGAAUUGGGUCACCAGGUGGGGUUGGUCAGCAACAGCCGCUAUUAGGGGACACAACAUCGCCACUCAUGCAUGCUUUGCCUCCUAAUCUUCUCAAUUCUAUGCAGAUGCCUUCUGAUCAGCCUUUCUGGGCCACUGCUCGUCCUCCAUUCGGAUGAAGCAUCGUAACUUCCACGCCAGAUUGAUUCUCUGUCAACUUAUUAGAAAGGUCAGACGUAUGAUGUUCAAACAUGAACCCACGACAUUAGCUUAAUUAAUUGGUAAGCUUCUCCUAGGAUUUGUGCGUGAUUUAAUUUAGUUCAUCGAUUGAUUAGAUAGGUGAUCAUAUAUGUUUACUUGGCUUUGACAACUGAGACUGUAAACUGCUAUGGUUCGUGGUGAGUUUGAGUUGAUGAGAAUAAGGGUGCGUGCGCAUUUGGUUCAGUUCAAGAGAAGCCUGUAGGAGAGUAAUUAGUGAUGGUUGUUGUAGCGGUAAGACAAUUGGAGAUCGAGGACGAAGAGAACGAUACCAAAUAGCUAGUGAUCGAAGUUGCGAUUGCCGAAGCUGCUUCUGUCUAUUAAUGUUGUUCCUUUACACAGUGCGUGAAGUGUUUGUAAACUCACUAUUCCGUUUAUGGCUACAGCUCUGCGAAUUAUUCAUUGAGUCCUUUCUCUCGUUUUGAUAUGUUCGUCUUCGUCAUCUAGAGUAACAUUACUGUGGAUCGCAGCUCUGAAGGUAGCUAGGGUAUUCAUCAAACCUCAUUUCUAUAUGACAAAACUUCAGCGCCAUGCCCACAUUUAUAUAUAUGGGAAUCGUGUGUGUUUAUUUGUAUGGUGUAGUUAAAUAGAUGUAUACGUGCGUGUAACUGUUGGUGCCUGGCCAGCACACAUGCAGUGUCUGAUGAUAGCUCUUUUUCGAGGCAUGCAGUCUCUAAAUGUUUGCAUUGAAAUUAAAGGCAA